UCUUUUUCCCAAGUCCCGGUCGCCUGCCUGCCUGCCAUGCUUUGGUCUUUCUCCAAUUCUUUACUCUCUUCUCCUUCUGGAUGGUACUUGAAUAUGAUGCAGUGAGGUUCCAGUCACCUGUAUCUACUCUUAGAUCCAACUUAUAAGCAUGAUCUUGAUUUAUUAAUCUUUAUUUCUGUGGCUUGGGUUUAUGCAAUGAAGUCUGAGUGGGAUGUAAGGGAUCAGAGUUGCAUUUUACAAUGAUGAUUUUGUGUAAGUUCUUGUGGCUAAAAUUGGCUCAGGGUGUUUCCUUGUAAAUCAGAAAAAAACAUUUCCCUAUGAUCAAGUAUUUUGGGCAUUGGUAGAUCCUCAACUUUGUGGAAGAAGGCUCUUUAGAUAUUCCUGAUUACACAAGAUUCAAUUCAAAGCUUGUCAAUGAAGUGAGUUCCGAGACAGGAUGGGUGGUCUUUGCUCAAGAAGGUCUACUGAUGAGAGUGCUUUACAUGGUAGCCUUCCUCAUGUAAAUGGUCACCUUAGCUACAGUUCUGGGGUGGUUUAUCAAUCUCGUGGAUUACCAGUGCAAGCAAAUGACUAUGCCAUGCAGUCCCCAGCUUGUGAAAGCAUGGAUAAGCAAAACAAUAACGAUUCCUUUUCGUUUCCUGAUGUAAAUAAUAUUCCUCUUGGAACAAAUCUGGAUGAUAUCAAUGAUGGAAUUCCUCGUUUAUCUAGGGCUUUGUCAAAUAAAUCAAGAUCAACAAGGUCAAAGCAAGUGGCGAUUGCAAAGGUUUCAGAAGUGAGUACAUUUUUGGGCAAAGCAGGCUCAGUGGGUCUGGGGAAGGCGGUUGAUGUGCUGGAUACACUAGGUAGCAGCAUGACAAAUUUGAAUGUCAGUGGCGGUUUUGCAUCUGGAAUGGCAGUGAAAGGAAAUAGAAUAUCAAUAUUAGCUUUUGAAAUUGCAAAUACAAUUGUUAAGGGUGCGAACCUUAUGAAUUCCCUUUCAAAGGAGAGCAUCAGACAUUUGAAAGAUGUGGUGCUCCCUUCUGAAGGUGUGCAACGUUUGAUUUCGAAGGACAUGGAUGAACUUCUAAGAAUUGCUGCAGCUGAUAAGAGGGACGAAUUGAAGUUGUUCUCUGGAGAAGUGGUCCGCUUUGGAAAUCGUUGCAAAGAUCCUCAGUGGCACAACUUGGAUCGCUACUUUGAGAAUAUAUAUAUCCUAAUAUUUAGGCUGGAAUCAGAUUUCACACCACACAAGCAAUUAAAAGAAGAAGCUGAGAUUGUGAUGCAGCAGCUAAUGACAUUGGUUCAGCACACUGCUGAGCUAUACCAUGAAUUGCAUGCAUUGGACAGAUUUGAACAAGAUUACCGGCGCAAGGCCCAGGAAGAAGACAACUCAAAUUCUACUCAGAGGGGUGACAGCCUUGCAAUUUUAAGGGCAGAAUUGAAGAGUCAAAGGAAACAUGUGAGAAGUUUAAAGAAGAAGUCCUUAUGGUCCAAGAUUUUGGAAGAGGUUAUGGAAAAGCUUGUGGACAUUGUCCACUUCCUGCAUCUAGAAAUUUAUGCUGCUUUUGGCAUGGCUGAUGGAGAUAGACCAAUAAAGAACAGUCAUCAGCGAUUGGGUCCUGCUGGGCUUGCUUUACAUUAUGCAAAUAUCAUCAGUCAAAUUGAUACACUUGUUACUCGUUCAAGUUCAGUGCCUCCAAAUACAAGGGAUACUUUAUAUCAAGGACUGUCCCCAUGUAUAAAGUUAGCUUUACGUUCUAAAUUACAAUCCUUUCAGCUCACGGAAGAGAUGACUGUCCAACAAAUCAAAGCUGAAAUGGAGAAAACUUUGCACUGGCUUGUACCUAUGGCCACCAACACUACCAAGGCUCACCAUGGCUUUGGUUGGGUUGGAGAAUGGGCAAGUACUGGGUCUGAGAUGAACAGGAAAGCUAGUGGCCAGACCGAUUUACUUCGAAUAGAGACGCUGCAUGAUGCAGAUAAAGAGAAGACUGAAGCUUAUAUUCUUGAUUUGGUGGUGUGGCUUCAUCAUCUUGUCACCCAAUCAAGGGCUGGAACUAGAUCUCCUGUUAAAUCCCCUAUUCGCUCUCCAAAUCAAAAGACAAAGUUGACAACAUACAAACCAAACUGUCCAUCGCCAACACUGACCAUCGAAGACCAGGAGAUGCUUCGUGAUGUAAGCAAGAGGAAAUUGACUCCUGGAAUAAGCAAGAGCCAAGAAUUUGAUACUGCAAAAACAAGGUUAAGCAAGCAUCACAGGCUAAGUAAGAGUAGCAGCCAUUCUCCUACAAGUGAAACUAAGAAGGAGCCCUUCCCCAUCAGAAGGCCAUCUUCUGUUCCUGUAAUCGACUUUGAGAUUGACCGGAUCAAAGCAUUGGAUGUUAUUGAUAGAGUAGACACAGUUCGUACAGGACAAUUGUAGGCAUUAUAGCUGGAUUGAAAGGAGAUUUGCAUUUGAUGUUUGUGCAGUCAUCUUCAACAUUUUCAGGCAGUCGCUUGUCAAGGACAGGACCUUUGAAAAAUAGAGUGGACCAACAUGUACCACCUUUCCUCUCAAUUCUGCACUAAUUUGGUCGAGGAUAAGGACAGGUCCGCGAGAAUUUGUGGAUGGAGAUGGGUUAACUGUCCCAACUCCCAAGGUGUUUUAUUAAUGUCUCGAGGUAUUUUAUUAGUCUUUUGAGUGAAAUGUUCCAAGGGUUAGGGUUGAUUUUUUCAAAUCGGUAGUAUCAGUUUCAUAUGUACAGUAUUUUUCUCAAUAAUUAAAAGUCAUGGUUUUGUUUU